CACGCCACGAAUCAUGCGGCAGAGGAUCAAAACCUCAUCCGAAAAGAACAUGUAAACAACACCAACACAAACAAAAACCAAAAAAACCCGAUCCAAAUUCCUCAAAUAUUGGAAUACAACAACACAAAUGAAAAUAAUAUUUAUUUAAAUAAAAACCAACUCCAUUUUUCUUUCUUAACCGUUUGAAUGGAACCGGAUGACCUUGGUCUAGGCUCUUACUAUCACCACCACCACCCGCAACCACAACCUCCACCCCAACGCCACCAGCACCCACACCACCCACAACCUCAACCACCACCACCACCACAACCACCAUCAGCCAUCGCCAAUGGAAUGUUACAAAACACCAACAAUGAUCCUAGACCAUCUCAAUUGCUCUACCCUCAUAAUUCUGCUCCCUCUGCUGUCUCUUCUCCGUUAGAAACCGGUGUUCGGAGAAAAAGAGGCAGACCAAGAAAGUACGGAACGCCGGAACAAGCUGCCGCUGCGAAAAGAAUGUCGUCGAGCUCUUCUCCGGGCACCUCGGUUCCGCCGUUGUCCCCGCCGAGCAAGAAGGAGUCGUCUUUGGGAGUUAGUAGCUCAUCUACUACUUCUUUCAAGAAGUAUGCUCUUGGGAACACUGGGCAAGGUUUUACACCUCAUGUUAUAUCCGUGGCUGCCGGAGAGGAUAUUAGCCAGAAAAUAAUGUCGUUUAUGCAACAAAGCAAGCAAGAGAUGUGUGUCCUCUCAGCAUCUGGUUCAAUCACUAAUGCAACGUUACGCCAGCCAGCCACAUCCGCAGGCAACAUUACUUAUGAGGGUCGUUUUGACAUCCUAUCAUUCUGCGGAUCUUAUAUACGUACUGAUUUGGGUGGCACGGGUGGAUUAAGCGUCUGUUUGUCUAGUAACGACGGACAAAUCAUAGGUGGUGGUGUUGAUGGGCCGUUGAUAGCCGCAGGUCCUGUCCAGGUAAUCGUUGGCUCAUUUUCUAUCGAGGGUAAGAAAGAAAGUACUGCUAUCCUAAAAGGCGAUGCAUCUACAAACAAGUUGCCAUCACCAAAUGUGGGGCCGUCGGUUCCAAACUUGAGCUUCCUAUCGGGACCAGACACUUCCGGAAGAAAUGUAGUCGGUGGCAGUGAUGAGCAACAAAAUAUCGACGGGUACCAGUUCAUGAUCCAGAAUCGAAAUGUGCCUGUAAGCGAUUGGAGGCCUAACAAUGAUUCUAGGAACACUGCUGGUUAUGACUUCUCAGGAAGAUUGAAUCAUGGGGCACAACAGUCACCAAAGAGUGGGGAUUACGAUCGUUUUCAAGACUGAAGCAGUUGGAUACCAUGGAUUCCUUUGUGGUGGGAAGUGGUAACUCAAUGCUUCAUGAUUAUUAUUGUACAGUUAACCCAAAAACAUAUUUCUAUUCAAAUCUGCUGAUGUGUACUUUUAGCAGUUAGCAAAUGUUUCUUCAUCUUGCUUUUGGAUUAACACUAAUGUAUCUAAAUUCAUGUAUAAGUAUGCAAAUUUCACUUUUUUUUUCAUCUUUGUUAUUAUAAAUUUUUAUUUUUUUUCAA